GGAGAGAAAUAAUGAAAUCAGCGAUGGAUUUCGAGGUGCAGGUGAUAGAGUCGUCGUUUGUAACGCCCAGCGAGCCGGCACCGAGAAAGGUGCUCUGGCUGUCCUCCUUGGACCUCUCGCUGGCCAACCAAGGCCACACUCCGACGAUCUAUCUGUAUAGCAGCUCCAACAAUGCUGCUGCGGCUGAUCCUUUCUUCGACGUGGCUAGGCUCAAGGAGGCUAUGGCCAGAGCCUUGGUGGCCUUCUACCCCCUCGCCGGCCGCCUCGGCGUCAACGAUGCUGACGGCAGGAUGGAGAUCAGCUGUAAUGGCGAAGGUGCACUCUUUAUUGUCGCUCAAGCUGAUGAUUUCACUGCCAAUGACGUAAAGAAAUUCAAGCCGUCGCCAGAGCUUAGGAGGCUGUUUGUUCCACUCAUUGAGCCAUUGUCGAUCAUUUUGGCCGUACAGGUGACUUUCUUGAAGUGUGGUGGGGUGGUGUUAGGGACAGCUCUCCACCAUGCCGUCGUCGACGCCUUAAGCGCGUUUCACUUCUUCCAGACAUGGUCGACCUUCUCCAAGCAUGGUGACUGCGCUACUGUGGAGCUCCCAUGCCAUGAUCGUGACCUACUCCGUGCACGGUCUCCGCCCACAAUCCACCCCGAUGCACUCUUGACGUUCUACCCUAAGCACACCUUCUUCGACCUGUCAGGACCUCUUGCCAUUGAAGUCUUCACUAUUUCCAGGGACCAGGUCGCCUUCUUAAAGCACCUUUGCGGUGGUGGCACGAGCACCUUCUGUGCCGUGAGCGCUCUCGUGUGGCAGUGCACAUGCGUUGCACGUCGGCUCUCACCCGAUUCUGAAGCACGCCUCACAUUCCCAGCCAACCUCCGGCAAAGGAUGAGGCCGCCCCUCCCGAGCUGCUACAUCGGCAAUGCGAUGUUUUAUCUAGGCAUCACCAGUGUAGUGCGAGAUAUUGCCACGGAGGUGUUGGGAUCCGUCGCUGGUCGCAUCAGAGGCGUCAUCGACCAGAUGGAUGACGAGCUAGUGCACUCCGCUAUCGAUUACUUUGAGAUGGCUGAGAUGGACAACCGGCCUCCAAGGGGCACCUUGCCGCAGACGGUCCUGCAUAUCACCAGCUGGUUGGGCCUGCCACAAUAUGAUGCGGAUUUUGGGUGGGGGAAGCCAGAGUUGAUGUCACGAGCACAGAGCCACUGUGGGGGGUUUGUGAACUUGAUGAAUGAUGACGAUGGUGCUGGCAGCGGUGGCGUCCGUUUGCUCAUGUGCAUGGAGGCUGUAAAUAUAAAGGAGAUAGAGCGACUGCUUUAUGCAAAGCUAGCUCUAGCAGCUUGCUCCUAGGAAAGGUACUUCAUGCGAUGAUUACUUGCCUCGGUAAGGUACACCUUGACGAUUGUGGUUUUGUAAAAAUAAAAGGCAGGAUACAAAGAAGGUUGGAUGGUCUACUGGUUUGGUUGCAUAUCAUAUCAUAUCACAUAUGACCACACUAUGCAAGACCUGUAAUUGUGUAUGAUUCUGUCAUUUAAGGGAAUAUAAAAAACGUUGUAUGGUUUGACAUGCUAGUGAUGGUUUUAUAUUUGCUCAACCAUCAGUGCUAUACUACUUUUUUUAAAAGGUGAUGCUUACGUGUAUAAUUUUGUCACUUCUGUCCCUUGAUCAUCUACAACUGACAAAUGGUUUGCCAAACAGAUAUAUAUAUAUAUAUAUAAUAUAUAUAUGGUUGCCAAAUUUUGACAUGUUUCUGAUGUGCUACAACUACAAGAGCAAUGAAGGCCACAUCUAUCAUAUGAUAUUUAUUCUUUCAAUCUUGCUAUGCUAGCGAGACAAGCAUGAAGAUUUUGGCAGGAUCCAAACUCAUUGUGUGCAAGGAUUCUGAAAGCCAAAUGCGGACACUACGUGUCUAGAAGCAAAGGCUAAGAGUGGGAUGUCUUAUUCCUGGAGAAGCAUAUUACGUGGGAUAGAGCUGAUGAAGAAAGUUGCGAUUUGGAGAAUAGGACAAGAUAUUAAAAUUUGGACUGACUCUUGGUUACCAAGGGAUUGGUCGAGACGGCCUUUUACACCGCGAGGGCAGAACUUGGUCACUCAUGUCUCUGAGUUGAUCGAUCCAUUUUUAGGCGAUUGGGAUCAGAAUUUGGUGGUUACAGACAUUUUCUAGAAAGAGGAUGCAAAUUUAAUUGUAUCUCUACGGGUGCAUGAAAAUCGUCCAAAUGUAUUGGCCUGGCAUUUUGAUCCAAAAUGUGUUUUCAGCGUCA